AUGCUUGAUUCCUGGAAACAAAGUGUGCUUGCCAAAGACGUUGAGAGGCUUCUGCCAGCGUUAGAGCAAGAGGGUGACCAUAGCGCUGUGGCUUCGAUCAUCACACCAAGGCGAAUUCCAGAAUGCAACAUAGAGCUUCCUAAUAUUGAGAGUCAAUCAGGUAAUAUGAGCGCAAAAGAAAACGUCCACACCAACGAGAGACUUUCCAGCAAGACCAAGCAGUACAGACUUCCCACUUCUACGAUCCACAAUUUGGCUCUGGCCAGACUGCCUUUGGAUGCUAAAAAAAUGGUGGAUUCUUAUCUUACAUAUACGAACUGUUGGUUCCCAAUACUGGAACCCCAUGAGCUAUUAAGAACUUUCUAUCAAUAUCACCGACAUACGGAGGGUUCUCGGGAUGGUCAGACCGCUGUCCUCUGGGCCACUCUUGCUUUUGAAUCAUGCUUGACAGCGUCAACUGAGACUGUGCCACAUAUCGAUCUUUCCCAGCAACCGCUUUAUCAAAAGGCACGAGCUUUGAUACCAACUGAGGAAGCCUCUCAUGACUUCGGACACGUACAGGCGUUGCUUAUUUUGGCAAUGAUGAAUAUGGGCUACAACAGGCUGAAGUCAUGCUGGCUUCUCGUUGGCCAUGCAUCUCGACUGAUGAGCUACCUAGAGCGGCGCACGACACCGAGCGGCCUGAAGGCAGGAUGCAUUGAUGCAUUCUCAACAAGGAGAGCCCACCUUCUGGUCGGCCUCUCAAUCCUUGAAACAUUACUUACUUUGCGUACCGAAGCUUUGCAGAUUUUUGAAAGAAGGCAUUGCCAUGCAUCUCUCCCCGAGGACGGGUUGGAAGAGUGGGAGAAUCCAAAGGUGUUUGGUCAGGCAGACGAGGUUGCUCAGCAGUAUAAUGAGAUUCCAGGCAGAAUUGCAAGCACAUUUAACACUCUGUCACACGCAAUCAGCUGUCUGGAAGCAAUAUCCACUACCAAACCCGACCGGAUCCAUUCCGAGUCCUCCAAUGCUAUUCUCUUGGCCAAUGUCCAGUCUAGGAUGGCUGAACUUCAGCCGCUACCAGCCCGUUCAGCGUAUCCGCAUUUCUUCCUGAGCUAUACGGCAAUCCAAUGUGCUAUACAAACUGAAAAAAGCGCGAAGUUGAGCGCAUCACAAGCCGAAUCUGUCCCAGACAUCGGUUCACCGGAGACCGAUGACAUAUUUGAUUGCUUUGCUAAGGCGUCCAUUGCCUUGCAAGAAUUCCAUCGGAUUCAUAAGCCAGAACGGACGCCGGUACUGCUGCUUGCGAUCUACGAUCAAAUGAUUGAGUGCAUAUCUCGAACCGCGAGAGAUCAGCUAGAAUUGAAAAGCAAGGACUUCAUGCCGACGAUCGAGGCCUUUACAGAUUCAAUGCAGGAGGUCAGUAAGUUUUGGCCAGCAUUUCAACGCGUCCAAACGAAUCUACUGUCCCUGGUUAAGGCUGCACAGCGGACAGACUUAGCAAGUUGCGCGGCGCCUGGCAUUAAUGAUGAAUUUUUUGGAUACUCAGAUUCUAGCAUGUGCAUAAGCGUAGCACCACGAAUGAGAGGCGGCAGUAUGCGUCCGUUGCCAGUCGUCAAUGCCGCCGGUAUAAAUACUACAGAACAAAUUCUAGGGUGGUCUCACAAUUCUCAUCAGGUUGCAAACUCGCCGGCGGUUGAUAUGAGUUCACCGUCGCAUGAUACAAUUGGGAGCCUCGACGUGCUGGACCCAGCCUUAUCGGAAAUAGAGAAUCACGAAUUGUAUUAUAAACUCGCUGAAGAUGAUAUACUACACUGGUCAGGAGUAUGGCCCGAAGCUGGGUUACGAGAGCUCGGAUUCGACGCCAAUGCUUUUGAACAAAUGCACAGGCCUGGUUGA